UGAAGUCAUCCUCAGCCUGAUUCACACAAGACACCCCGCCAGAGGCACCUGCUGUGACCCCCCCCCCCCCGGAAGCACAGCUGCAGCCGCCGCAGGAUGGCGCGGCUGACUGGGCAGCCGCAGACGCUGGCGCCCAGCGGACCCCAUCCGCCUCCAGCGCCGACGCCUGUCCUCCUUCCCGCCUCCCCCCCCCCACGUGCCCUCCCAGCGGGGCACGGCCAGGCUCGCCAGCCGAGCGGGCCCUCGCCGCGGCCGCAGCUCCGCCCGCGGCGGGUCACGUGAGCGCCGAGUCCCCGCCCGUGGCUGGCUUGGGCUCGGUUGAUUUUUAUCUUCUGUUUUGAGGAUGACCCCAAAACAUGAAAAACAGGAAUUUGUAACUGUCCUGGUACGGGACCCUAGGAUACAGAAGGAAGACUCUUGGCAUUCACAUAUAAACUAUGAGAUAUUCAUUCAUACAAAUAGCAUGUGCUUUACAAGGAAAACGUCUUGUGUUAGACGACGCUUUCGAGAAUUUGUAUGGCUGCGGCAGAGACUUCAGAAGAAUGCUGUGCUACUCCAAUUACCUGAACUGCCAUCUAAAACUCCCUUUUUUAAUAUGAAUAAUCCCCAUCAUGUGGACCAUCGUCGACAGGGCCUACAAGAAUUUCUUGAGAAGAUCCUACAAAAUGCAUUAUUGCUUUCGGACAGUAGACUUCACCUCUUCUUACAGACUCAGCUAAGUCCAGAAGAUAUUGAGGCUUGUGUAUCUGGACAAACAAAAUAUUCCGUUGCUGAUGCGAUUCAUAAGUUUGCCUCUUUGAAACGACGUUUUCCUAUUGAAGAGGAAGAGAGAAAGAGAGGAAAAAAUGAUGCAGAUUCUGAUUCAGAGAGUUCAUCCUCCAGGCUUGGACACAGCAGUGAUGACAGCAUUUCACGUGGAUGUAAAGCAAGCACAGUCCCCGAAGAAUCCUGAAAAAUCAUUUGUAUAUUGCCAUCUUAAGACCAGCAAAAUAAUGUGUUCUCUCUCAAUUUUCAAACAGCUUUGAAACUGUUUCUUUGUUUGUUGCUUUUAUUAAAUUGCACUGAUUUAUAUUUACAUGUCGCCUACUAUAUUUAGGUUUAUGCAGCCAUUAAAAUCUUGACAAAUAUUGGGCUAAUGGUGCUUUAUUGCCAAGUAUGGCUGAUAAAAUAUUUCCCUGGGUGACGAUGUAUUUUAGAUCUUAAAAAAUAAAGCUAUUUUACAUUAGUUUUAAAGUUGUGUAUCAAAUUAAAAUAUACUCAAAGCAACUUUGUGAUCUUUAUACCAGAGAAGUUUCAUUCUAAACAGUUGUGUAACAUUGGUAAUGAAGUUAUAUAGACCACAGUAUUAACUUUUUAAAAUAGCAUGGUGACUUAAGGAAAACAGAAUCUGUGCUAUUUGUUGCUGACAAUUGGAGAUAUAGACUUUCUCCAAUAUUUAUGGAAAACUUGCUCUUAUCAUGCACAAGAGCCAGAGGCCAACAUUUUCAAACAUAGAUGCCUAAAGUUAGGCACAUAAAUAAAUGUGACAUGAUUUCCAGGGGUGCUGAAAACCGUCAGCUCUCAUGGAACGUAGUAGGAGCUAUGAUUGCUCCCUCCCUGUGAAAAUCAUGCGUAAAAUCUGGCCCCACUGAAGUCAAUGGGCAUUUUGCACUGACUUCAAUGGAGCCAACAUUUCACUCUAGGUAUCAAACUGAGGGACCUAUGUCUGAAAAUGUUAGCUAAGUUGUUCUAGGUUAAUAUUUUAAAUGAAGUGAAACUGUCUUUCCAAAACAGGGCUGCCCGGGCGGGGGAGGGGCAAGUGGGGCAAUUUGCCCUGGGCCCCACAGGGGCCCCCACGAGAGUUUUUGGCGGCACUUUGGCGGCGGGUCCUUCAGUGCCGCUGAACACACCCGGAGUGAAGGACCCGCUGCCGCAAACCUGCCGCCGCUUCUUCCACUCCGGGUCUUCGGUGGCAAUGGGCCUUCCGCUCCAAGUCUUCGGCGAAGUGCCCCGAAGACCCAGAGCGGAAGGACCUCCACCGCCGAAGACCCCACACCCCCUGAAUCCUCUGGACGGCCCUGUUUCAAAAGGCUGAUAGUCACAUAGCUAUAACACAUUGUUCAAAUAUAGAACGCUAAGCUGUUGGGUACAAACUGAAAUAACUGGAGUUUUUUAUUUCACUUUUACUGUAGUAAACACAUUGAAAUAUUGACUUUUUCACAAAUGGCAUGCCUGGACACAACUUUUUAACCACAAACAUUUGUUAUAAUCUGCUUUGCUCUUUAUAGCAGCAACUAUGAGUUGGCUUGUCCCAGAGCCUGUCAAUACAAGGAAGAAACCAUUGAAAAAAUGCAAGAAUAGAAUGGUCUCCUGUGUGUCACCCACUAAAUUUGUUAGUCUCUAAGGUGCCACAAGUACUCCUGUUCUUUUUGCAGAUACAGACUAACAUGGCUGCUACUCUGAAACCCAUUAAAAGAACUGCUUUAAAAACAUAAAAAUGUUUCAGUGUUUAUUUAUAUUUGAUGUUUAACUGUUAUUAAAAACAAGGCAGUGGGUCUGAUCCUAUUCCCAUUGAAAUAAUGGCAAAACUCCCCUGGAUUUCAGUGCUGCAAGUUCAGGUCCAGUAUGGAUUUUGUCUCUGACAAAGAUAUGGUAGUUAGUAUCUUUUAACCUGUGAAUUACAGAAACAAUGUAUAAUUAAUUGGCCAGCUAAUAAAAGUUAGUGUGGAUGUGUUUUUAAAUCAUCCAGCUGGGAAUAUGUAUAGUUUUAGAAAGGUGUGUUUUAAGAGCUUGAGGAUAACAUCUCAUCUCUUAGGUAAUUACGCUGACCCAGUUUUCUCUUCAUGGUAGCACUUUCAUAAGAUAAAUAUCCGUUUCUUUUGCUCAGUUUUGUUGAAUUGCACAAAUAUAUCUAGUUGCCAUCUCUGCUUGUGUGUAGAAGAGUCAACAAAAUAUUUUCAUAUCACAGCACUAGCAUUAAUAAAGCAACAAGUUAUCAUGGCAAGAUAGUUGCUAUUGCAAAGUGCAGACUUUUUUUGGAAUAUGUUGCCUCAUUGAUGGACUUAUUAUUUAGCAAAGAUGCCCAAAACAUCAGUGAAAAAAAUCUUGAAAUGAACAAAAACUAAGAACUGGAAUAAUUUUUUAGAGAAGAAAAUUAAUUAUCACUUUGUUUACCAUACUAUUGGGGGUUGGAUUUAAUUUUGUUUUGUUUUGUUUUAAUAUUGAACUAGAUCAUUGAAUGCACUUUACACUUUGUGGCCUGCUAACAUUCAUCCUGACUAUCUGUUUAAAAGUAAAGCAAAUGUAAGAGUUGGAGAACCUUUGUGACUACUUUCUAUAAUUCAGGGAUCUUGUCUUUUGUGUAUUAAGGAGAUUUUGCAAAGCAGCCUGUUUCAGUGAUAAAUACUUGGGAUCAUAAUAAUUGUAUUGUUAUUAACUUUAUCACACUCUUCACAAGUUAUAUCUGUGCUCUAAAAUCUAUUACAUUACCUUCUUCCUAUUCUUCAUGGAAAUUAAUUUAAAAUGUUACUCUUUUGAGUUCUCUGUAUACCUAGUAUUAGUGGAAACGUUCAUGUUAAAUGAUGAUGAAUAUUCUGUUCUAGGGUUUGUUAUGUAGCAAGAAAAAACAAUUGUAAACAUUGUAAAUGUUUUAGGCUAUGUUUAUUUUGUGAAAUUUAAAUAUAAAACUUCUUAAAAUUUUU